AUGUCGUCGCCUUCGUCUAGUAUUAGUUUUAGUGUAGAACCUUCAGGGAAUUCGCGCGAGCCUUCUGUAAGAAGUCGUACUAACAGUGUAUUUACUGACAAUUCAAGUACUAUACGUGACACUGACUCCUUUACCAGUGACGUGUCAUCGAUAGUUAGUGAAUCUGGUUUAGCAAGAAUCAAGAAAAAGCGAAGUAUUUUCGGCACAAUUAAACGAAUUGUACGAAAAGAUAAGAGCAAACGUGCGGACGAGAUAAGCAAUAUGCAAAAGGACAUUAUAACUGAAAUGAUUGCGUACACUUAUUCUCCCGCACAUAAAAAUGCAUUGCCUGUUUGGAAUCAACGACUUCAUCCUGAAGCAUUUUAUACUAGUAGACUUUUAAAUUUUCCUGAAUUAAGCAAGCUAAGUCAGAAACCCGACAGUAAAAUCUAUAAAGAAGGAACAUUUUUAUUUACUUCAUUAACAACAGACAAUUUUACUCAGAUUUCAAAACCUUCAAUUGUACUUGGAACGAGUGCGAAUUCAGAUUACGAGUUUCGAGCAUUGGAUUACAAUAUUGAUAUAUCGGUCGAUACCGGAUUAGAAGAUAUAUUUGCAAAUUUUCGACUAAGCGAUCAA